AGGGAAGAAUUUGGUGCUUUAAAAGUGAGAGUAGGAGUAGUCCCACAGCAGCAAAUGUAGCAAAUCCAUAAAUAGUACUUCACAAAUCACACACUAACACUGCUUUCUCUUUCUCUUUUCUCUCUUUCUCUCUGAAGAUCUCUUAGUCUCAGCAUAGCAGCAGAUCCAUCAUUCAAUCCAUCAUCACCACAAUCAUACAUCUGAAUAAUCUGACACACUCACUUCACACUUCAACAUACAUACAUACAUACAUACAUGACAAAACAUAAGCCUUUUUACUUUUGUCUCUAAACACAAACACUGCUCUUUCCCUCUUUGUUUUCUUCUUUCUUCUUGUUUUUCUUUGUCCUUAUGGAAAUUACACAACAACACAACACCACUACCAAACAUAAAGCUGCUGCUGCUGCUUCUUCUUCUUCAACAACUUCACCUUAUUAUUAUUCCAAGAUUGGUUUUGCUGCUUCAUCAGAGAGGAGUAGUGGUGUUGGAGGUGGGUAUGCUUCAUCUUCUUCACUGGUUUUGGAUAGGGUGAAGGGUGAGUUGGUUGAGGCCCCUGUGAAAUUAGAGCGCAAGGGUGUGUUCCCUGAGAGAACCAUUGAAGCUUUGAAGAACCACAGUGAAGCUGAGAGGAGGAGAAGAGCUAGAAUCAAUGCUCACCUUGAUACACUCAGAACUGUCAUCCCUGCUGCUAACAAGAUGGACAAAGCAUCAUUACUGGCUGAGGUUAUUAGACAUCUGAAGGAGCUGAAAACGAAUGCAGCACAAGCAUGUCAAGGCCUAAUGAUACCAAAGGACAAUGAUGAAUUAAGAGUUGAAGAACAAGAAGGUGGAUUGAAUGGCUUCCCUUAUUCAAUAAGAGCAUCUCUAUGCUGCGAAUACAAACCCGGCUUGUUAUCUGAUAUAAGACAAGCACUUGAUGCCCUUCAUCUUAUGAUAAUAAGCGCAGAGAUCGCGACGUUAGGAGGCAGGAUGAAGAAUGUUUUUGUGAUAAUCAGCUGUGAAGAACAGAGCUUUGAAGAUGCUGAGUAUAGGCAGUUCCUGGCCGGAUCGGUUCACCAAGCUCUUAGGUCUGUUCUUGAUAGAUUUUCUGUUUCACAGGACAUCUUAGAGUCUAGAAAGAGGAGGAGAAUUUCUAUAUUCAGUUCAUCAUCCUUGGAAGAUUUUUUGUAAGAACCUUGUUUUUAUUUGGUUUAAGGUAAUUUUAAGUCCCCAAUAUGCAUAGCUUAUAUUAUAUAUCUGGUUAUGAUCAGGAGAUAGCAAUGUUUCAUGUUUCAUGUUACAUGAAUGAAUCAUGCAAAUGUUUCAGAUUGAGCUAGCUAGGUUGGUAGCUGAUCAGUGAUCACAGCAUUUGAUGUUUUAACCAAUUAGAGAAUAUGAUGUUUUGUAUGAUAUUGUUGAAUCUUGUUUGGGACUUGUUUGGAAAAGUGUUAAUAAGUUUACCUGUUAAUUACAAUAUGCUUUGUACUUAAACUCCUGUAAUUUUCUUAUACUAUAUAUUAAAGGCAUAUUGGAACUAAUUGUUUG